AUGAUGGCCGGGUUGAGGGCGAUCGAGUCGAGGCUGCUACCGGGGUUCAGGUUCCAUCCCAGCGACGAGGAGCUGGUGUGCUACUACCUCCGGAACAAGCAGCAGCAGCAGACGGCGGCGGCCACCAUGCUCGUCGAGGUUGACCUCCAUGCUUGCGAGCCAUGGGAACUACCAGAGGUGGCGAAGAUGGGAGCGGAUGAGUGGUAUUUCUUCAGCUAUCGGGACAGGAAGUACGCGACGGGGUCGCGGAGGAACCGAGCGACCAAGCAAGGGUACUGGAAGGCGACGGGGAAGGACAAGGCGAUCCUCCACGAGGAGGAAGACGGGCGGAGGGCGGUGGCCGGCGCCAGGAAGACGCUGGUGUUCUACUUCGGACGCGCUCCCAACGGCCGCAAGAGCGGCUGGGUCAUGCACGAGUUCCGCCUUCUUCAUCUCCACCCAAACCCAAAGGUUACUAAUAUGCAGGAGGAAGAGGACUGGGUGCUGUGCAGGGUGUUCCACAAACAAGCGACGGGCGUUGUUGCCACUACCACACCCUCUUCUUCUUCUUCGGCGCCAGCUACUCAUCAUCUGCAGCAGCUGCAGGUGGACAAUGAAUCGUCACCACUCAUCAGCUCAUCACCGGCUGCACCAGUAAUUAUCAGCGAGCAGGAUCAGUUCAUGAGCAUCCAGCUGCAUGAAGAUGAUCAUCAUCAGCAGCGCAUUGUCUGCAGCAGCAGAAACGACGAGCAGCAACAGCUGCUAGAUCUUUCUAAUUCAGUGCUCCAAGCUCCAGCUUUCUUGGAGUUUGAGCAAGCUCCAGGCGCCGGUAUGGAGAUCAUCACGGAGAUGGAGAGCCUCCAGACGACGUACUGCAGUGUGCUGCAAGACGCCAAUAAUUACUAUUCGCAGCUCUAUUAA